UCAAAUUAUCGUACGAUAUUCUCUUUGGAUUGUACUACGUUUAUUGAUAAGCGAUAACAAAAUACUUUCAUUAUCACCAGUUUAUUCUGUAAAUACGGGCAGAAUAAUCAAAUUAGAUAAUUAAAGUUCAUUGUGAUACUCGAAAGUAAACCGUCUUGUUGCUUAUAAGAAAAAAUGGCCUUAUCAAAACCAAUUAUGAAUUUACUGAGUUCUUAUUUACAAAAUUUAUAUUUGCAUCCUAUUAAAACCAAAGCUAUCACAAGUUGCGUGGUAGGUUCGGUUGGCAGCUUAGCAUCCCAGUUAGUAGCUGGUGAAAAAAUCAAGGUAGACUCAGUUGCUGCUUUCGCCUUGUAUGGUUUAUUCUUCGGCGGCACCAUCCCACAUUAUUUAUAUGAAAUCACAGAAAGACUGUUCCCUGAGGAAGUUGUUGCAUUCCCUCUUGUGAAGAAACUUCUGUUUGAGAGAUUAUUGUUUGCUCCAUUCAUCCAAGCCUUCUCUCUAUACACACUUGCAAGACUAGAGGGCAAAACACAUAAUUCCGCUACAAAACAGCUGUUUGCUCUAUACUGGCCUAUUUUAGAAGCAAACUGGAAAUGGCUAACACUGUUCCAAGUCAUCAACUUUGCUUUUAUCCCACCAAUGCUACGAGUUCUAUUCAUGAAUCUGGUUGGACUUGGCUGGGCAAUGUUCCUGGCCACCAAGAGACGCCAGCAACAGCAGAAGAAGGAAUGAAGAAUUUUACUUAUGCUCAACACUAGGUGGUGGGUGAUAUAAUCUGUGAUGGGUGACGAACAUUUAUAUAAAGCCUUUUUAAAAAUAUUUACAAAUGUCAACGAGUUAUUGGUCAAAGGUUAGGGGCAAUAUGAUGACCUCUCUAGUGAUGUAAAUGUCUCAAUUUAAUAUUGUUGUUAUAUUUCUAUUUACGCAUUUUUGUAUUGAUAAGCAAUAAAUAAGGCACAUGACUAUGCUCCUAGCACAUGUAAGUAUUCAAUGCAAAGUUAUGGAGUACAAGAUUAUUUAUCACAAAGUGAUAUAUUGCUAAGCUGCAAUUGUUAUACUGUCUUUGUGAUUUGUAGGGAAAUAAUUUAAAGCAUUUUGUUACAUUCUGCAAUAAAAAGAAUUAUUAUAUAAUCUUUAUUAAGGUUUUUGGUGCGAGGCCCACAAUCUUAUCUUGUAGCGAUAUCAUUUAAUUGCUUUAUGUGAGGUAUGUUUAUUGUUUCUACUGGUCAGGGACAUGGAUCAAAUUAUUCAACUAUUGUAAUGAAAUAAUAAUGUUGUAUCAGGGUACUUUAUUUGACAACAGCAGUUUGUUCCAUUACCUUGAUAUUAAUUUAAUAUUACACAGGUUUGUGGGAGUGCCUAAGACUAUUUCACUAAUUCAUAAUCUGCAAAAUCAAUUCUUACGCAGUGCAUUUUUUAAUUAAGAUGAAAUUUCUCUUUACAAACCAAGUAUGUAUAAGUUCUCUUUAUAUUUUUAUAUCAUUAUUAAACUGUUUUAUACUGUUACAA